UUCCUAUUGACAACAUACCACGAAAACUUCUGUAGUGUAAAGAAGUAACAAUAUGCGGUGGCUGAGCCUAUCAAUUGAUGUGCUUUGUUGCGUCAUCCCCUUGAACUUGUAUUGCAGGGUGAUCCUUUAAGUCAUUUCUCCUAUUAAACCAGAUUUCUCUUUUCCCUCACCAUUCUCUUCAUCUGCCUAUCAACUGUAACCAGUUAAUUUUGUCUUUUUUCUUGAUAAAUCUAUAGGAUUAGCUGAAAGAUAGACAAUUGCUAAUCAAAUUAAAUCCUCUUAGUCCUGAUUUUGAUUCGUUUGCACUUUGUCACUGUGCUCAUUAUUGGUCUUUCAGAUUGCUUUUUUCAUACUGCAAUUUCCUCAAGCUUCUCCUUUGUUGUAGUCUACAUUUUCCUCCGAAAGCUAGUACCUAUUAUUCUUGGGCUUCAGAUAUUGUCUUUUGGCAUAGAUUUUGAAUAUCAUUGGAAGGUUGAAAGUAGUUAUGGUGUGCCAAGCCGCAAGCCAAACAAGAUUUCGGGCCUUAAAGCAUGAGAAUGGAAUCACGGGGAGAGCAACAAUUAGAGUUAGGGUUAUAGCAUGCUUUCAACCAUUGCAGAAUUGCCAGGCUGAAUACUUCCGUCAGUUGUUGAAGCCUGUGACGUAGAUGCUCUGAGUUCACGCCUUUGUUUUAAAUCCAGCUUUAUAGUAAUUUCUUGUUAUUUACGUCCUUAAAGUAAAUUAAGGUGGAAUUUGUACAAUCCAUAUCACUGGUUUCUCUUCUGUCUAGAUGGUUACAACCAGCAAGCUCCUAUAUUACCAGCAGGAUCCUGCAUGGACUUCACCAAAUUUGAAUUAUGCCACUACACUCUUGCAACCUGGACAUCACCUUGGUGUUCCAUCUCUGUAUACCCCUGCCAUAUGUGCUGCAAAUGCAGUUUCUCCUAGGCGUUCAAGCUUUGUCCCUUGUUUGCCUAAUUCCAAGGAAGCCCGUCACAAUGUAGUCAGUUGGCUGCCAAACUUAGUUCCCACCAAAAAUGAGUAUCCAAGUGAUGCUAAACGCUUUCUUCCUCACUUGAUUGGGUUUAAGUCCCCACCAACUGAUGCAUCUACAAGUUCUCAGAAGAGGUUUCUCAUUUGUGAUCAAUCUGGGAAUCAAACUAGAUUCUUCUUUAGUCAAGGAUGUCCUGCUGAGAAUGAAAUUAUUACACCGAAAAAAGUGUUUGGUGCUUAUGGUUUGCAUCAAAAUGAGAACCUGAAUGUUGUAGUAGAGCAGAGAUCUCAUGUGAAGCCCGUUAGUGGAGAGAAAUUGGAUGAAAGUUAUGUAAAUGGUGAAGAAAGUAAUACGCAUGAAGAUACAGAUGACAUCAAUGCCUUGCUUUUCUCUUCUGAUGACAUUGAAGGCGACGAAGAUGAUGAUGUUUAUGGUGAGGAUGAUGAAGUAACUAGCACAGAUCGCUCUCCUUGUGCAAAACAGGGGUGCUGCGGCUGCGGUGAGCAUGAGCAACAGUCUGUGGAACUUACAGAAGAAGUUGCCAGUUCUGAUGGCACAUGCAAAAGGCUAAGAUUGCUAGAUGGUGGGUACAAGAAAUCAUCAUACAUAGGAUCUAGAUGGCCCAAUGAUGAUGUGGAAGCAAGAUGUGUGAGAGGCUCUCUUCCUUCUAGUGGGAAGGAUAAGGAUUCCAGUUUGAGCACUAGGGAAAGGAAAGUUAAAAUUCGUGAAACUUUGAAGAUUCUUGAGAGCUUGAUUCCUGGGAUAAAGAGUAAGGACCCGUUGUUGGUUAUUGAUGAAGCAAUCAACUACUUGAAGUCUUUGAGGGGUAAAGCCGAAGCCUUAGUAUCUGAGCUCCCUCAAGAGUAUCCCCCAGCCCCUUGUUAAAGAACAGACUAGUAUCCAACCCCUACAACAGUAGCAUUAUGGAUUUUUAGGGGUAUAGUUGCUUGGAUAGUACAGAAAAGCCAUAUAUCAUUAUUUGGUUGAAAGUAGUUAAAUUGUGAAGCAUUUACCAUCCUCAUCAGUCCUACAGUGCAACAAGUAUUAUUAUCCACUAGAGGAAAAGAUUUAGUGGGAUUCUUUUGAUCUUUUACUUGCAAGGGGUAGAACAAAAAGGGGAAUGUUUAUGGUCGACGAGGAAUGAUUAUUUUUAGCUUUUGUGGUUAAGAAAGUAGAAUUUCAAAGUUCAAAAGAUGAGUGCUGUAAAUGAGGGGGGACCCUUUAAAAUCUUGAGAAAACCAUGGAUUCUAUGCAUGCGCAUUUGGUGAUUUGGGGUCCCACCAUCCACCCUAUUAUGUUUCUUGAAUUGAAUGACUGUAUGAUGGUUUUCUUUUUGUGGUUGGUUAUGUCAGGGUCAGUUUGUGUGACUAUUUCACUUGGUACUUGCUAUCUCCCACCAGCACAGGGUCAGAGUGGCUUGCUAUCUCCCACUGUUAUAGGUCAGAAUGAGUAGCUAUGAUGUUUUGAUCUUUCUGUUGAUUCCACAAAAGGCAGUGAUGGCAUUGGUGUUGAAGAAGGUGCAUUGAAAAAGGGACCCCUGCCCUCUAAGCUUAUCAUGAAAAGGGUGAUGGAGAGACAUGAUCAAAUCUUGUCUUAAAGUUAGGUUUGUUUCCACUUUGGAUGGGUGAGUUGUAGUUGGAGACUUGUGAGUCUUUUCAGCGUGGUGUCUUUUUAUGAGCCUGAUGGACCCUUGUGUUUCAUGCUAUUAUUGCUGUGUGUGUUGUCUUUAUGCUUUUUCUACUUAAAAUAAUA